AUGCUCAAGAGAACCUUGAAUUGGAGAGUUCAGUCGUUGCUGGCAGGCAAGACAUGCUCUGCAGUGCUGUCGAGACAGACACUCUGCAGCAAUGCAUUGACCAGCAUCGACCACACAGUGUACAACUGCAGGUCUCGUCAGCUUCAAACUAGCUCGACGCAAGACAAUUCUGCCGACCAUCAAACACCAGUCAACCCGCCAUCCAAGGUUUGGCUUCAGAGCCCAAGGAUCGAAGAGUAUGCAGCCAAGUCUCUCAACUUGGUCACUCUGCAGUACCUUUUACGUCUUGGCAGAGAGAGAGAUAUUCGAGGUCUGGCAGAGGUGGUUUUGUAUGAACUGCCCAUCCGUUUGGCCAGAAGGGUUCGAGCUAUUCAAAAUCUACCGUUUAUUGUUGGAGUCAAUCCUUGGAUCCGAGAUGUGUAUGAGCUGUAUUUGGAUUCAUUCGAGCAGUUGUCGCUUUUGCCUGAGCCAAAAACUGACGAGGAUCUGAACAAGCUUGCGACCACUUUGGCAGAACUGACCGAGUCGCACAAGACUGUCGUGCCCAAACUCGCCAACGGUUUCAUGGAAUGCGGAAAGUAUAUGGAAAAGGAUCGUGCACGAGAGUUUUUAGAUGGUAUGAUUCACUCUCGAAUUGGAACUCGAGUGAUUGCUGAACACUAUCUGGCAUUGCAAAAGGAACACGAAGGCUGGAUCGGUGUGGUCAACACACAGGUUUUUCCUGCAACCAUUCUCCGAUCCACAUCAUCUUACGUACAGGAAGUAUGCCAAUACAACUAUGGCUCCUACGCGGAAUUUGAAAUCAUUGGAGAUAUCAAUACCAAAAUUGCAUACAUUCCUGUGCAUAUGGAGUAUAUUUUUAUGGAAUUGAUUAAAAAUGCCAUGCGUGCAACAGUCGAGUUUUCCCAAAAAAGCGGUAGAUUGGUGCAUCCACCUGUUGAGAUUGCUAUUGCGCAGAGUGAGAAUGAUGUCAUUAUUCGUAUUCGUGAUGCUGGUGGUGGUAUUACAAAAGAAAAUGUCAAGCGUGUUUGGGAAUACAGUUUUACUACAGUACCUAAAUAUGACGAUGAUGAAGUUGGUGGUAUAUUUUCAACACAAGCUCGUAUGCAAAUGGAGCAAGGUGUCGGCGGCCCCAUUGCUGGUCUUGGGUUUGGUCUUCCCAUGUCGCGUAUUUAUGCCAAAUAUUUUGGUGGCUCGCUUGAAUUUAAAACUGUUUUUGGCCAUGGAACUGACCUAUUUGUUCGAUUCCCGAACAUUUCUCAACUCGAAUCCACCAUCUCCUAACAAUUUACUGUUUUUAAAUUGACACUGUUACAUUUAUUUAAAAAAUAAGCAGAUCAAUACUUUUAAGAUGUGUUACUUUCUUGGUUUCCUGUUCGAUGCAUGCAUUUGUACUGAUGAGUCUCAAUUUACAGCAUAUUUACGUAUAAUGGAUCGCUUUUCUGUAGCCACUGCCUUUAUUUUGUUUUGGAAUAAAUAAUACUCAACU